GUAAUCCUCAGUCACCUGAAAGAAUGCCAUUAAAUCUUUCUUCAGAUUCUUCAAAAGACGAUGACUAUGAAGUCUCAAAAAAUAACUUAUUGAUGAUAAUUGGGUAAACACAAGAACUAUUUUACCUUUCACUUUGCUGACAGAUUUAAAACUCAAUGAUAUAUUAAUGAAGGUCAUUGCGUUCAUAAUGAAUGCAUAUUCUAAAACCAUCUAUGUACAGCAGUAUUACAUUUGAUUCAGUAUGAUGUAGACAAUAUAUUGAACUAUCUCACUUGAAGUUAGAUGUUCUUGAAAACAAAUUUUUUCUACAUCAAUUUUCAGUCAACUUCUGUUUCAAUUAUUAUGAUUAUUAUGCUCUUGACAAAAAUGUGAAAAUUGUUCAAAUAUUCCUUAAAUUAUGUUAUUUUAUGUGCGUAAAGUAUUUUUCAGUGAAGUGGUAUUGGAAGGAUUUGAUUCAGUCAAAACACACAAAUUAGUUUAUAAAGAUGUUUUACCUCAGAUUAUCAUCAGUUGUUUAGCUCACUGUAUAGUUAUCCAAGCUGGAAUUAAUAUGGCAUAUAGUACGAUUUUAGAAGAUGGUUUAAAAGAUACUUUGACCACGGACCAAAUAUCAUGGAUAGCAAGUUUAGUAACUUUAUCAUUACCUUGUGGUUCAUUGUUUGUUGGGCCGCUAAUGGAUUAUUUUGGAAGAAAGAAAAUUUGUAUAAUUUCAUGCAUUCCUAGUAUUAUAUCAUGGAUUUUUUUAAUAGUAGCAAAGUCUGAAGUAUUGAUUUAUAUUGCAAGAAUUAUUGCUGGAAUUUCGGGUGGACUUUCCACAGUUAGCCUUGUUUAUAUAUCAGAAAUAACGCAUCCUCAAAUAAGACCUAUGCUGCUUUGUUUCAAUUCAAUUUUUGUUUCACUUGGUAUUCUUUUAACAUAUUCAUUGGGAGUAUGGCUAGCAUGGAAUCAAAUGGCAAUUGUUUUUCUAAUUAUGAAUAUUUGCAUAUUUUUUUCACUACUAUUUAUUCCUGAAAGUCCAUACUGGAUUAUGUGUUUUGGAAAAGGUGAAUCAAGUCAAAUAAACCAUCAAGUUGAAACUAUACUAAAAAAAUUAAAUAAAACGGAGCAAAUAUAUGAUCAAGAACUUGUACGAAUUAAAGAAGUUUCACAAAAUAGUAGCAAUCAAAAUAAUUCACUAGUCAAAAAAAUGGCAUGGUUUUAUCAACAACUGAAAACACCUACAGUUUAUAAACCAACUAUAAUAUUACUCGUUUUGUUUUUAUUGCAACAACUAGCAGGAACUUACGUGAUUAUUUUCUAUGCCCUUUCAGUAUUUGAAAAUCUAGGAGGAUCGUUUGGAAAGAGCUUUGAUAAAUAUGAUGCUAUGGUUAUUCUUGGCAUUUUACGCUUUUUAAUGAGUGUACUAACGUCGUUUUCUAGUAAAAAUUAUGGUAGAAGAUUUCUAUGUAUUACAAGUGGUCUUGGUAUGGCAUUUUCAAUGUUUUUCUCUGCAAUGUAUUUUUAUCUUACAUCUGCUGUUGAUGAGAAUGGUCAAACUAAGGAAGUAAUGGCUGAUCAAAAAUGGAUUUUGCUUGUUCUAGUCUUGUUUUAUGUGUGCACUAGUUGUAUAGGUUUUGUUAUCAUUCCAUGGACUUUGAUUGGUGAACUAUUACCAAUUUCUGUAAGGGGAAUCAUGGGAGGGUUUUUAGUUUCUGCAGCUUACGUUAUGAUGUUUGGAGUAACAAAAACAUAUCCAUAUCUUGUAAAAGCAUUGGGAGCCCAAGGUUUAUUUUAUUUCUUUAGUGUUACUUCACUUAUUGGUGCUACUUUUGUCUACGUAUUUUUACCUGAAACACUUGGGAAAUCAUUUGCAGAAAUCGAAAAAUAUUUUGAUAAAAAAGAUUAACGAUGAAAUCAAAAUGAAUAUUCUUUAUGAGGGUGAUAAGAUUUAUAAAAUUUUCACGGAUAAAUGCAAGAUUUUAUGCAUAAUCGUUAAUUUAAAUAGGCCGCACGAUCGCGGUGUCUGCUCUUAUCACGAGAGCUAUGAAAUGACUCGUAAAAUUUAUAAGUAUGUAAAUUUUGUAAGUAUUUUGAACAAUGUGAUUUUAUAAA